AUGUGGAGAGUAAUUAUGAAAGUGGUCAUGGUGGGAGUGUUGGUAACGCGGAUAACAGCUCAAGACGAUAACGCAGUUGACCAUGAAAAAAACAAAAAGGGAUUUGAUCUCUUGUGCUCACUCUUCACGAAGGCAGAAAAGGGAGCGAAAGAAAAAAGUCACCUCGAUAAGUUAAAAGAAACCGAAGAUUAUCAGUGGUUUAAUAAAGAUGCCAGGGAUUCACCAGCUUUAAAAGCGGAGGUGGAUAAAGUUAAAGAGUUAGAAGACGAAGUAAAGAGUCAUGAAAAUGGCGCCAGGUCAUCGUUUCAAAAAGCAGCGUAUGGGGAAAACAUUGAAAAAGAGGAUGCGGACAAAACGUUUGGGUCCCAUGGGGGCAACCAGCCCUGUAACCCAGCUAGCGAGUGGCCAGCAUUACCAAAAGAAAUUGUCUGCACUUGCAGCUCUGUUGGUGAGGCCACCGACUACUGCCUUGGGAGCGGGAAAGCCCGAGAGUAUGGCCAGAACGGAAACGCCGAAGACGGUCUUCAGGCAUGGGUUGAACUUAAGGGAAAAUGUACAAAGGGUAUCAAUAGAGUUGAGGUUACUGUUGAUGCCAUAAGAAAGGACUUGGAGGGUUUGCGAGGAUUGUAUCCUGAAAAACCAAUACAUGACGGUCCACCACCCCCGCCGCCCGGCGGUCCACCAAUGCCUGAGGAGGAGCCUGAUAUAUUUACUUCUAAGCCGUGGGUUAAGAACUUGAAUGAGGCAACAGACCACAUGAAGGGAAGAGAUGAGGCUCUUCAAAAGUUGAGAGAGCAAGUCGAAAAGUUGAGGGGAACUUACGGUAAAGCGAAAAAUGAAGAGGAAGUAAAGGCAUUAAAGGAAUCUGGAGCUGGAGCUGAAGGUGCGCAACCCUCGAGAACAGCACCCCAAACUGCAGCACGAAAGGAUUCCGAUGCUCAACCCACACAAACACAAAAACAGAAUAUUGCAUCAUCCCCCUCACUCAAAAUUACGUUACUGUCAGUAUCCCUCUGUUUUAUCUGA